AUGUCAUUGUUUUUAAGUAGUUAUAAUAAUUUAACACAGGGGACCAUUGAUGAAGAGAAAAUAAAUUUGGCAGAAAUACAAUUUGAUGCGAUGUGUAAGACGUUCAAUAAUAUUCUGAAGUCGUGUCUAGAGAAGUGCGUGUCACAUGACCAAUACAGUGAAGGCGAUCUGAGUAAAGGGGAGAUGUGUUGCAUUGACCGUUGUGUGAAAAAGAUUCAUUACAGUAACAGAUUGAUUGGCGGGUUCUUGCAGACCAAAGGGGUGACCCCUGAGAGCAUUCUACCACAGAUAAGUGCCGACGUGCCGAACAAUAUCAGGAUUCCAGAUUCCCUGCCAAAGACCUUCGAUUAUCAAGAAUCCACAACAAACCAUUGUCAAUGA